AUGGCUGAACUUAAACGUUUGUUUGCUUCAUUAGAAAAUGCAGAAUUAGCUCGUGCUCAAAUUGACGACGAACAUGCAUCAAUACUUAAUCAAUUGCAUGCACUUAGUGAACAUAGUCAUAUGGUUAAACAUAAAUAUUUGACAACAAUGAAAGAUACAUUUUCCGCUAAUCUAUCACGAUAUCGUGAUGAGGAUCUUCGCGUGCGUAGUAGUAAUUUAAUCAAAGAAAAAUCCAUUCAAGUUAAAUGGCCAAUAAUUAAUAAUAAUGAAAAACAAACUGAAAAUCUUGUGACUUUGCAACAAAUAAAGAAUUCCGAUAAUGAAAACGAAAUUCCACCACCAUUGAUCAUUAACAGCAAUCAAGCCUAUUUAAUUGAUAAUUUCGAUUUAAUUAAGCAACGCUAUUCAUCUUUGGCUGACUUUAAUCUCUCACGUGAUGGAAAACAAUUACGAAUUACAUUUAAACCAGAGAAUAUGUUCGUCGUAUUGGAAGCAAUAACAAAUGGUCGAUAUGGACAAAGUUGGAAAAUUAUUGAUUCAAUGCCUAGCUUACCAUCUUUUACUCAGCUCAAUACAAUAAUUCGUCAGAGCAACAAUAUUACAGCUGAACAAUUAUGUCUUAUACGCGCAUGUUUAGUCAAACAACAGAAAAUUAAUGAAUAA